AUGGCAGAACGAAUUCCAAACAUUGAGAAUAUUGAGGAUUCAGGCGAACCAAAUUCUUCAGAUGAAAAUAAAAAAAAAAGAAAAUUAACUAAACAUGUAGUAGCUGAAAAUCAACGCAAACUAAUCGUGGUUCAAGCUGAAGUUUAUCAGCCGUGUUCUCCCGCACCAUCAACGAGUCAAGAUGAUAGAGUAUCGGUAACACCUGCACGUGUAACGGAGGGUGAACGUUUACGAAAUUAUCGUGCUAAAAAAAAAGAGCAGAAACUUCAAAAUAAUCAUUCCGAUGCGAUAUUAACACUCUCUCCGGUACCGUUAACAAAUGCUGAGCGUGCAAAAAAUUACCGUGAAAGACAAAAACAAAAAGAACUUGGAAAUAAUCUUGAUGAAAUAGUAGCAUCAUCUCCUGCACGUGUAACAGAAGCUGAACGUUUACGAAAUUAUCGUGCUAAAAAAAAAGAGCAGAAACUUCAAAAUAAUCAUUCCGAUGCGAUAUUAACACUCUCCCCGGUACCGUUAACAAAUGCUGAGCGUGCAAAAAAUUACCGUGAAAGACAAAAACAAAAGGAACUUGGAAAUAAACUUGAUGAAAUAGUAGCAUCAUCUCCUGCACGUGUAACGGAGGCUGAACGUUUACGAAAUUAUCGUGCUAAAAAAAAAGAGCAGAAACUUCAAAAUAAUCAUUCCGAUGCGAUAUUAACACUCUCCCCGGUACCGUUAACAAAUGCUGAGCGUGCAAAAAAUUACCGUGAAAGACAAAAACAAAAGGAACUUGGAAAUAAACUUGAUGAAAUAGUAGCAUCAUCUCCUGCACGUGUAACAGAGGCUGAACGUUUACGAAAUUAUCGUGCUAAAAAAAUAGAGAAACAACUUCAAAAUAAACCCGAUGCGAUAUUAACCCUCCCCGGAACCGUUAACAAAUGCUGA